ACCAAUAAAUAAAGUACAUGAUGACUUUUGUUUUUGCAUUUAUAGUUGGGCCUGGUGGGCUCAUCAAAUUUCAACCCUAUUGCCCCUAGACACUUAGAAUCAGCCCAAACCCGUGAACCAGAAGAACAGCCCAAGCCCACCCAUUGAAAAGCCAGCCCUCUCAAAUAAAGGUCCGUUUGGGACGCGCCCAAACACCAAGUCAGAAAGCCGCCAUAAAGUUAACGGCUUUUCAAAUUCUCCGAUGAAAUUCAAACACAGAGCAAAAAAUUAACGCCGACGAUGAAGCUCAUCUCUAACCUACACAAACAAAUACCCAGAAACCCUUUACUUCAAUUACGAACUCUAACCCAUUUCAUCUAUAACCCACCACCUCCAGACCCACCUGAGCUUUCUCAAGCCAAAGCCUCAACCCAGUCAGUCUUUUCAAACCCAGCCUUCAAUCUUCUCGUCAUGUGUAGAAACAUCGAUUCCCUUAGGAAAGUUCAUAGUUUGCUUGUAGUACAUGGCUUGCCGAACGAUCUUGUUUGUCACACCAAAUUGAUUAGCCUAUACGCGUCAUUUGGGCACGUCAAUUGUGCCCGGUUGGUGUUCGACGAAAUGCCAAGCCCGGAUUUUUACUCGUCGAAAGUGAUGCUGAGGUGGUACUUCAUGCACAAUGUGUAUGAGGAGGUUGUGGGGCUGUUUAGGCGGAUGAGAAUGUGGGUUAGAGAGCGUGACAAUGUUGUGUAUUCGAUUGUGUUGAAGGCUUGUAGUGAGGUGAGGGAUGUGAAUGAAGGGAGGAAGGUGCAUUGUGAGAUUGUUAAGGCGGGGAGCCCCGAUGGGUUUGUGUUGACUGGGUUGGUGGAUGUGUAUGCAAAGUGUGGGUGGAUUGAGUGGUCCCGUGGGGUGUUUGAUGGGAUUGUGGAACGGAGUGUGGUUUGUUGGACUUCGAUGAUUGUUGGGUAUGUGCAGAAUGAGUGUCCGGAAGAUGGGUUGGUUUUGUUUAAUAGGAUGAGAGAGGAGAUGGGUGAAGGGAACCAGUUUACGCUAGGUAGUGUGCUUACAGCUUGCACAAAGUUGAGAGCUCUGCACCAGGGAAAGUGGGUUCAUGGAUACUUGAUUAAGAAUGGUAUUGAGGUUAAUUCUGUGUUGGUGACGUCUCUUUUGGACAUGUAUGUCAAGUGUGGGGACAUCAGAGAUGCUCGUUACAUAUUUGAUGAGCAUUCCAUGAUUGAUCUUGUUUCGUGGACUGCAAUGAUUGUUGGGUACACGCAAAGUGGGUGCCCGUUGGAGGCUCUGAAGUUGUUUACGGAUAAGAGAUGGGUUGGUAUGUUGCCCAAUUCUAUAACCACUGCAAGUGUGCUUUCGUCUUGUGCACAAUCAGGUCAUUUGCAUUUGGGAAGGUCAGUCCAUGGUCUUGGGAUUAAACUUGGGUUGGAAAAUUCUACUGUGAGAAAUGCUCUUGUUGAUAUGUACGCAAAAUGCCAUAUGAUUAGUGAUGCUCGAUAUAUCUUUGAUACAACAUUGGACAAGAAUGUGAUUACUUGGAGUUCAAUUAUUUGUGGGUAUUCCCAAAACGGGUCUGCAUUUGAAGCCCUCCAACUCUUUCAUCAAAUGAGAUCAGAGUCAUUCUCAACUGAUGCAUUCACAUUGGUAAGUGUCCUCUCAGCUUGUGCUUCCCUCAGUUUUCUUCAGGUUGGUUCAUCACUUCAUGCUUACUCGAUAAAGGAUGGCAUAUUAACUUCAAACCUGUAUGCUGGCACUGCACUUCUAAAUUUCUAUGCCAAGUGUGGGGAUGCUGAAUCUGCUCGUCUAGUUUUUGAUGGAAUGAAAGAGAAGAACACUAUAACGUGGAGUGCGAUGAUUGGUGGUUAUGGAAUCCAGGGUGACAGUAGAGGUUCCGUAGAACUUUUCAGUGAUAUGUUAAAGAAGCGUCUAGAGCCAAACGAAGUAAUCUUCACAACCUUAUUAUCAGCUUGUAGCCAUACAGGAAUGGUUGCAGAAGGUCUGAAGUAUUUCAAUUCUCUAUGCCAGGAUUAUAACUUUGUGCCUUCUAUGAAGCACUAUGCAUGUAUGGUUGAUCUCUUGGCUCGUGCUGGCAAACUUGAAGAAGCCUUGGAAUUUAUUGAGAAAAUGCCGGUUCGACCAGAUGUUAAUUUGUUUGGGGCUUUUCUCCACGGAUGUGGACUCUAUUCAAGGUUUGAUCUUGGCGAAGUGGCGAUAAGAAGAUUGCUAGAGUUGCAUCCUUAUGAAGCUUGCUAUUAUGUGCUAAUGUGUAAUCUUUAUGCUUCAGACGGUAGAUGGAGCCAGGUUAAUCAGGUGAGAGAAUUGAUGAAACAGAGGGGUUUGAGCAAGUCCCAAGCAUAUAGCCAAGUGCAAAUGGAUUUCAGAAAUGGCUUCAUACCUGUUAAAGGGGCAUGUGUUGCUUAGUAACAUGGAUCAUUAGGCUUGUUGAUACAGACUAUACGUGAUCAGGAGUUGCAUAAAUGCUGUUAGAUCUAGUGUCACAAUGAACACCAUUUUAGGAUGUCAACAAGAUGAUCUGUAUGCUUAAGGCUUAAGAUUAUCUGGGAGUGGAUUAUCAUCUCAUGCACGGUAACCCACGUCCAUGAUACAAAUGAGCGGACAAUGUUUUGAACUUUGAAGGCUUAAGAGUUGAGUCAACGGAAACUGGCCUUGAGUGCGUCCCAAAUCUCCACCUGAGAAUCACAUUCACUUUGCCAGACAUCAACCCCAGCAUCCAACUUGUAGUCAUGACAGAUGAGAACAAAGCAGAGGCUGCACACCUCAGUCGAUGGCAGGGAUUUACCGACUUCCCAUCAGUGCCUGCAACAAUUGUCCAGCCACCGAAAGGGAAUUAGGAAUGUAGGAUGCAUCGUGUAUGUUUUGUAUUUAGCAGAGGGAUUCGACUCAUUCAACACCUGUGGUUCUGUAAGUGAUAUGGUUAAAAUGAUAAGUCGGGAGCAAAUUCUCCUAAAAA